ACCCACCCCAACAUAUUCACCGGGAACUCCGUUGCCGGGCCGUCACGGGCCCUCCCGUUCGUGUCGGCGGCUGCGAGAAACCCGGAGGACGGCCGAGAAGGAUGUCGGGCGGCGGCGGUGGUGGCGGUGUUGGUGUCGGAGGAGGUAGCCGCGAGGAGGAACGGCGCAAGCUGGCCGAUAUCAUCAACCACUGGAACGCGAACCGGCUGGACCUGUUUGAGAUCAGUCCCCCCACUGAGGAUCUGGAAUUCCAUGGAGUUAUGAGAUUUUAUUUUCAAGACAAAGCAGCUGGAAAUUUUGCAACAAAGUGUAUCCGUGUGUCUAGCACUGCCACAACUCAGGAUGUGAUAGAAACACUUGCAGAAAAAUUCCGGCCAGAUAUGCGAAUGUUAUCAUCCCCAAAAUAUUCACUUUAUGAGGUGCACGUCAGUGGAGAAGAAAGAAGAUUGGAUAUAGAUGAGAAGCCUCUAGUUGUACAAUUAAAUUGGAACAAAGAUGAUCGUGAAGGAAGAUUUGUGCUUAAGAAUGAAAAUGAUGCACUUCCUCCAAAGAAGGCUCAGAGCAAUGGCCCUGAAAAACAAGAAAAAGAAGGAGUGAUCCAAAACUUCAAGCGGACCCUAUCAAAGAAAGAAAAAAAAGAAAAAAAGAGGCGAGAAAAAGAAGCACAGCAACAAACUUUAGACAAUCAUGGGCCAUUUCAUGGAGAUGAUAUUGAAAACUCUCGUCUUGCAGCAGAAGUCUACAAAGAUAUGCCUGAGACCAGUUUCACUCGAACAAUAUCCAACCCAGAAGUGGUAAUGAAACGGCGGAGACAACAGAAGCUAGAAAAAAGAAUGCAAGAAUUUCGGAGUUCUGAUGGCAGGCCAGAUUCAGGUGGCACAUUAAGAAUUUAUGCAGAUAGUUUGAAACCAAAUAUACCAUACAAGACAAUCCUACUGUCUACUACAGAUACUGCAGAUUUUGCGGUUAUUGAGGCCCUGGAAAAAUACAGCCUAGAAAAGGAAAAUCCCAAGGAUUAUUGUAUUGCUCGUGUCAUGCUUCCUCCUGGUGCUCAACAUUCUGAUGAUAGCGGUGCUAAAGAAUCUAUCCUUGAUGAUGACGAGUGUCCACUUCAAAUAUUCAGGGAAUGGCCAAGUGAUAAAGGAAUAUUAGUCUUUCAGUUAAAAAGACGGCCACCUGAUUAUAUCCCAAAGAAGCUGAAGAAGCAAGUUGAUAUAAAACUAUUAAAAGGAAAGGAAAGAAUUGAUAGGUCUGGUUAUGGCUCUUCUCUUCCACCUGAGAAACUACCUUACCUGGUUGAACUAAGUCCAGGGAGAAGGAAUCACUUUGCCUACUACAACUAUCCCAAUUAUGAAGAUGGUUCUGACUCCAGAGAUAAACCAAAGCUCUACCGUUUGCAACUAAGUGUGACAGAAGUUGGUACAGAAAAAUUUGAUGACAACUCCAUUCAGUUAUUUGGUCCAGGAAUUCAGUCACAUCACUGUGACCUUACUAACAUGGAUGGAGUUGUUACAGUGACUCCCAGAAGCAUUGAUGCUGAAACUUACGUAGAAGGUCAACGGAUCUCUGAGACCACUAUGCUGCAAAGUGGUAUGAAAGUUCAGUUUGGGACCUCUCAUGUAUUUAAAUUUGUGGACCCCAUUCAAGAUCAUAUUCCUAAAGGACGUCUAGAUGCAGGUCACAUGGUCAAAAAUUCACGUCUCAAAUCUGGAGGUGUACAAGAAACAACUUUUGAUUUGGAAGGAGACAUCCAAAGUGUAACAGGAUUAUCUACAAGCAAGCAGAGCAUCAAUAGAUUGGACUGUGACAGAAUGUCAACUUCUAGCACAGCUGAACGAAGCAUGGUCAAACCAAUGAUCAGAAUAGAACAGCAAGAUUAUCACAAGCAGGAUGGCAGACUUCAGGAUGGUCCAGAAUUGAUACUACCUGCAAGUGUUGAAUUCAGAGAAAACUCUGAGGAUGCUUUUUUGUCUGCCAUCAUCAAUUACACCAAUAGCUCAACAGUUCAUUUUAAGCUAUCGCCUACUUAUGUUCUGUAUAUGACAUGUCGGUAUGUAUUAUCAAGCCAGUACAGACCUGACAUCAGUCCCGCUGAACGAACUCACAAAGUCAUUGCAAUAGUCAACAAGAUGGUGAAAAUGAUGGAAGGAGUUAUACAAGAGGUAGACCAGGUUGAUCAGAAACAGAAGAAUAUUGCUGGGGCACUUGCUUUUUGGAUGGCAAAUGCAUCUGAGUUGCUAAACUUUAUUAAGCAGGAUCGAGACUUAAGUCGAAUCACAUUAGAUGCACAAGAUGUUUUGGCACACCUAGUUCAGAUGGCAUUUAAGUACUUGGUCCACUGUCUUCAGUCAGAGCUUAAUAACUACAUGCCUGCAUUCCUUGAUGAUCCAGAAGAGAAUAAUCCUCAAAGACCUAAAAUAGAUGAUGUCUUGCAUACAUUAACUGGAGCCAUGUCCCUGUUGCGACGAUGUAGAGUGAAUGCAGCACUGACAAUACAGCUCUUCUCUCAGCUAUUUCAUUUUAUCAACAUGUGGCUUUUUAACAGAUUGGUUACUGAUCCAGAUUCAGGACUGUGUUCACAUUAUUGGGGAGCUAUUAUUCGUCAACAGUUGGGUCAUAUAGAAGCCUGGGCAGAAAAACAGGGUUUGGAGCUGGCUGCUGAUUGUCAUCUCAGUCGGAUAGUACAAGCAACUACAUUACUUACUAUGGAUAAGUAUUCUCCUGAAGACAUUCCUAAUAUUAAUAGUACCUGUUUUAAACUCAAUUCUUUACAACUGCAUGCAUUGCUACAAAACUAUCACUGUGCCCCAGAUGAGCCAUUUAUCCCACCAGAGUUAAUAGAAAAUGUGGUAGCUGUUGCAGAAAAUACUGCUGACGAACUAGCUCGUAGUGAUGGUAGAGAAGUACAGUUAGAAGAGGACCCUGAUCUUCAGCUUCCUUUUCUUCUCCCAGAAGAUGGUUACUCAUGUGAUGUUGUCCGAAACAUUCCAAAUGGAUUACAGGAAUUUUUAGAUCCACUCUGCCAAAGAGCUUUUUGCAGGUUAACACCUCAUCCACGCUCACCAGGAACUUGGACAAUAUAUUUUGAAGGUGCAGAUUAUGAGAGCCAUCUGUUACAAGAUAAUGCAGAUUUGGCUCAGCCACUGAGGAAGGAACCUGAAAUAAUUACUGUAACAUUAAAGAAACAAAACGGGAUGGGACUAAGCAUAGUUGCUGCUAAGGGUGCUGGUCAAGAUAAACUUGGCAUCUAUGUCAAAUCUGUGGUAAAAGGUGGCGCUGCAGAUGUGGAUGGUCGAUUGGCUGCAGGGGAUCAGUUGCUUAGUGUGGAUGGGCGCAGUUUGGUUGGACUUUCUCAAGAAAGAGCCGCAGAACUGAUGACAAGAACAGGAACAGUAGUCACACUAGAAGUGGCAAAACAAGGAGCAAUUUACCAUGGUUUAGCAACACUGUUAAAUCAACCAUCUCCAAUGAUGCAAAGAGUUUCAGAUCGUCGUGGCUCAGGUAAACCCCGACCAAAGAGUGAAGGUUUUGAGCUAUAUAACAAUUCUGCUCAGAAUGGAUCACCUGAAAGCCCUCAGCUGCCUUGGACAGAAUAUAAUGAACCAAAGAAAUUACCAGGGGAUGAUAGACUGCUGAAGAAUCGAGCUGAUCACCGAUCUAGUCCCAAUGUAGCAAAUCAGCCUCCAAGUCCUGGGACCAAAAAGGCUUAUACUGGAGGAACUACAAAUAAGAUAACUUCAGUGUCUACCGGAAAUCUUUGCACAGAGGAACAGAUACUACCAGCUAGACCUGAAGCAUAUCCAAUUCCAACACAAACUUAUACCAGAGAGUAUUUCACAUUCCCAGCCUCCAGGUCUCAGGAUCGAAUGGGUCCUGUUCAGAAUCAAUGGGCAAGUUAUGAAGAAAAGCCCCAAAUUCCCGCUGAAAGUAAUCACUAUAUCAAUAAUGCAAAUCAGCGUGUAACACGUUCUCAAGAGGAAUUACGGGAUGAUAACAUUUAUCAGGCAGAAAGGAAUCAAUUAGAAGUUGCCAUGCAAAAAGAUAUGGAAUAUAUUGAUAGAAAAUCAGAUAGCGAUCCAUGGAUGAAUUCUUCUGUGGACUCUAGCACGUCAAGCCAGGAGCAUCUAAACAGUUCCUCUAAAUGUAUGCCCUCUGGAUCUUCUUUAACCAAAAGUGGACCUGGCCGCUGGAAAACACCUAUAAUUACUCAACCAAUGUUGCUGGCAGUUUCUCAGUCCACAAGGACAGACCUACCUCCCCCUCCCCCUCCCCCACCAAUGCAUUAUGCAGCUGACUUUGACGGACUGCAAAUGGAUUUACCUCUCCCACCACCACCUCCACCUGCAAAUCAGUUGGGGUCACAGUCAUCUCAGGUUGCUGCUGCUGCAGAACGCAAAAAGAGAGAAGAACAUCAGAGAUGGUAUGAAAAGGAAAAAGCACGCUUGGAGGAAGAACGAGAUAGAAAACGUCGAGAGCAGGAAAGAAAACUGGGGCAAAUGCGUGCUCAGCCACUAAUGCCAGCUCAAUCAUUGCUUCCCCCUCUUCAGCAGGUGAAACCAGAGAAGCCUUCAACACUUCAGAGGUCUCAUGAGACGGUCAUUAGAGAAUUGCAGCCCCAACAACAACCCCGAACCAUUGAACGAAGAGAUCUCCAAUAUAUCACCAUAAGUAAAGAAGAGCUGUCCUCUAGUGAUAGUCUGUCCCCUGAUCCCUGGAAAAGAGAUGCUAAAGAGAAGCUGGAGAAGCAGCAGCAGAUGCAUAUUGUGGAUAUGCUAAGCAAAGAGAUUCAAGAACUUCAAAAUAAGCCAGAUCGAACAGGUGAAGAAAAUGACCGCCUGCGCAAGCUCAUGCUGGAGUGGCAGUUCCAGAAACGACUUCAAGAGUCAAAGCAAAAAGAUGAGGAUGAAGAUGAGGAAGAAGAUGAUGACAUUGAUACUAUGCUGAUUAUGCAACGACUAGAAGCUGAGAGAAGAGUGAGGCAGACUGCUUUGCCAGCAAUCUCUGUUCUAGAUUUGUUACAGGAUGAGGAGCGCAGACGGCAGCAGCAAUUGGAGGAAAUGCGCAAACGGGAAGCAGAAGAUAGGGCCAGGCAAGAAGAAGAGCGUCGUCGCCAAGAGGAGGAGCGGACAAAGCGAGAGGCUGAGCAAAAGAGGCGACAGGAAGAAGAAUAUUAUAAUCGCUUGGAAGCAGAGAGGCGCCGCCAGCAUGAUGAAGCAGAACGGCGAUUGCUGGAGCCUGAUGAGCCUGGUCUGUACAGACCUCCGCUUCCACGGGAAUAUGAAUUUCCCUCCCCACCCCUUUCAUCUAAUGCUCCUCCUCCCCCACCUCAACGAAACACUUCUUACCUCAAAACUCAGGUCCUCUCUCCUGACACGAUUUAUACUGCCAAGUUUGUUGCAUACAAUGAUGAUGAGGAGGAGGACUCCUGUCUAGCAACAGGUCAGGAUAAGUACACCAGUACAAGAAAAUCUUGCGGUGACCUUCCUCCUGUCCCCCCUAAGCCACAGCAGCCCUCCCGCCAACCACGCCCAGUCUCAGAUGGCCUCUGUCUGUCCAACUCAUGCCAGCCCUCCGCUGUCAAUGCCAACAGUACUGCUAACAAAAUGAGCCAACCCCCUCCCCCACCACACAAGCCAAGUUUCAUCAAUCCCAGCAACACAAAAGGCUCAAACUACACUGGAUCUACUGGAGCACUUGCAGGUUCACAGGAAUCUUAUUCAGACUCAAGAGAGAAGAAAUUGAAAAGUCAAGAUACAGAUAUACCUGGUGCACCAGAGAACUUGACUUUCCGGGAGCGACAAAGACUCUUUUCCCAAGGUCAAGAUGUGUCUAACAAAGUAAAGGCAUCUAGGAAAUUAACUGAAUUGGAAAAUGAAUUAAAUACAAAGUAGGAUAACUGUCACCUUAUCAAAUAACCAGAAAAUCUCUAUGGAACUAGAAUUGGGCAGUUCAAGGAGGAGGAGAAUCUCAUACCAAAUGAGAUAUUUUUUUCCGUCUGGAGUAUUUCUUUCUAAACUAUAUGUUGCAAUAGCAAGAAAAUCAAUUAUUUGCAAAGUGCUUGUGGUUUAUACAAUUGAGGCACUGUAAAAUAUAUUUUAAUUAAAUAAAUCAAGUGUCAUGUCCUUUUCCACAUCAUUGUCCUUUAGCUGCUUUUGGAACUGUCUGGAAUUGUUGCUUCCUAGUCUUUUACAAAACAUGUAAACAUCUGUUAAGCAGAAAGAGUGGCUGUAGCUUGAACUGCCUAACUACCACUGCUUGUUGCACUGUAGGUUUGAUACAAGUGUAAGUUAAUAUAAACUUUUAAGAGAUCUUGGGAGCUAGUCUUUCAGAAUAGUAGCAUAAUAGUGAACACUAGUAUUAGGAGUCCUAAUAAGGAUUUCUAUAGAUAAACUCCUGCUAUGAACACACUUGAUUAGAAGUAAAAGGGCUCCAUUAUUAUGUCCAUACUAAGCCACAUAGAUUAUUCUAUGUACAUCUAGAUUUUGGACAUUAAAUACUUGACUUGUUUUGAUGGCAGUCCAGCAAUGUAACAAGAUAUGCAUCCUAUUUUUCCCACUGUCUUAUCUCUUCUUACACUGAAGUAUUAAUCACUUCUAAAACUUGAGUUUUGAAACAUUGAUAAGAAUUUAAAAAAUAAGUAAUAUUGGACACUGGGUAUGGUGGUGUGUGCGUGUGUGCGUAUGUAUUGUUUUAAAGCUAUUCUGAAAUUUCACACUUUAGCAAUAUGGAAUAAACUUCAAGUGGUAGCUCCAUUGUAGCCAAGAUAAAACCAAAGUUAAAUAUUCACAAAUGGACUAAAGACGUCAAUUAUCAGUAGCAGCCAAUUAAACACUACAUACAGGGGAAAUGUGAUUACUUGUGGCUGCAAAAGGAAAGAAAAAUUGCCUUUCAGUAAGAAUUUCCUUUGAGGGAACCUGGCAAUAUUCUGAUGGCAUGUCAUCAGACAUUCGUAUAGAAAAGUGCUGGUCAAGGUACCUCUAGUUAGCUAUUGUUCUUUUUCUUUAUAUUGUAGAAUUGUAGAUGAUGUUGGCAGUUCAAGCUAUUUUACACACUAUGUUGCAGGAUUAUUUAAUUUUUAAAUGGUUGAAAUCUGUUUCACCCGCUGAUCUUUCAGCUAUAUAUAUAGCUGAUGUUAAGAAUAAAGACCUCAUCUUAGUUUUUUUCCGCAUUGUGUGAUGCUUAAAACAAUAUAUUGUGAUUCUAAACAAAUUUUCUAUUUGAUAAAGUCCUUAAUUGGGUUUUAGAUGAUUUUUCUGUAUAAUAUGUUCUCUUAUAAAUAUAUAUUUAGGGAAUUAUGCACACUUCCAAAUGCAGAGGGUAGACUUUACUGCCUUAGAAAUCACUUUUAAUAAGAGUUGUAUGAUAAAAAAAAUAAAUGCAAGUUAAUGAUAAAAUUGGAGUGUAAAUAUUUUUUUUACAUAGUUCAGGUUUCUUAUUUGAAAGUGUUCUUUUAAUGUUCACCUGUUAAAUAUGAAGUAGGAGAUUAAAUUGGUUGAAAGUGUUAAUGAAGGAUUGCAUGCUUGUUAUGUCUGUUAUUCAGGGAAAAAAGGAGGUGUCCCCCAAUUUAUCUUGAGAACACUAGAUACUCUGUGGCUGGAAUACUGUUGCUGCUAGAAUUUAAGGAAAGAAAUAUUACUUACUGUGGAGUGGAUUUGAACACUAUUGGGCAGGGGCAGGCAACUAUGGCAACUUUAUGACCUGGGGAUUUCAACUCUCAGAAUUCCUGAGCCAGGAAUUCUGGGAGUUGAAGUCCACAGGUAGUAAAGUUGCCAUAGUUGUCCAUACCUGCUUAUUGGGCAUUCAAGCCAUGUGAAUAUGAAUAAAAAUGCUUUUCGUAUCUAUUGGUGCAUUAUGGAGAAAACAACAUAAGAACUGCUGUGGUUUCCCAUUUCUACUGUAUUUCACUUGCAACCUAUUUUUAAUAAACUUUGUAUUGUAUUUAA